AUGCAGCUCAGCCCCAAAACAUACAAACCGUCCCGCUCCUCCAGAGAUACCGCACCCGCACCAUCGCCCUCCUCCAGUCGUCCCGUGCUCGCCAACUAUGCCUCGCACCACCUCACCAUCGGCUGUGGUGUUGCGAUCUUCCACGUCGCGUCUGCGCGGGUAGUCCUGUGCUUCCACAGUAGAGACCGAUACUGGUUCCUGCCCAAGGGCCGGCGGGAUGCGAACGAGGAAAGCGGGCCGGCGGCGGAGAGGGAGGGGUAUGAGGAGUCCGGCUACCGCAACCGCCUCCUCCCCCUCCCAAUCCGGCACCGCCAACCACGCGCCCACGCUCCAGCGGCCGCGCACUCACCCUUCUCGACCGAGCCCGUCUGGACGCAGUUGAUACCGCAGUCCGCGACGACGCAGUAUAUACUCUUCUGGUAUAUUGCUGAAACGCUGCCACCGAACCUUCAGCCCCCCACCACCGGAAACAUCCCCGCUUCUUCUACCACCCCUUCCACAGACACUUCCCCGCCUCCCCAGUCCCCCACUGCAUCCUCCACAGCCUCAACACCACAGAAACCACCCUACACACCACCCUCGACCUAUCCCCCUACUCUGUCCCUCCGCACACGCAUCGCGCAAGAGCCUCCGGGGUACGAACCCCCGAAAGAAGAGGGCACAGGGGUAGAUGCGGAGGAGGCGCUGUAUCUAAGCUCCCUGGUGCCGGUUGCCGAGGCGCGGGAGAAGCUGCGUGGGAGCAUCAUGGCGGAUGUGGUUGCGAAGGGUUGGGAGGCCGUGCUUGCGAGGUUGGGUAUGGAGGAGGCUGAGGCUGAGGCUGGUGGGUAA